UUAUAGUCGAAGCAGGCAUUGGAAACAUUUGAUUCUUCGUUGUUUGAAAGAUGUCAAACAGAUGCGUAAGAUGCCAAACGAGGAGAAGAAUCGAUAAAUAAAAACGGGAGUUUUUUUACGAUGUACAAAAUUUUUUAAGUGACACACAUAUGUUAUCAAGAGGAAAUGGCUAUGCUGCUCACCACUCGUCACUGGGGAUCAGACGAAUCGUUUAGUUGCUUUAGCAAGACGUUCGUGAGCAAAUUCGCAAAAUCACAAGAAAAGCCGAACAACGACAAGUCAGUUUCGGCGUCCGAUCAUUUGCCUGAAGAUAUUUCUCGGAAACAGUUAACGAAACGCAAUGCGUUGAAUGUUGUAUCGAAAAUUGCAAAAUCGAAGACGACUAAGGCCUACAAUGACAUCGUCUUGGAAUCUAGUCACGUAAAAGCAUCGGCACUUUUAUACGAAAUAACAGAUCGCACUAAUCAGUUAGCUCAACCACGCGUUCGAACCAUCGAAGAAAAGCUGUCUCAAACACGGCCGAAUUCAACACAGAUUCCGAAAGCAUCGUCACGUAUUAUCCAACUUUCUAAGCCACGAAUCCCUUAUCAGUAUACCCCUAAACCAAUUGGAUACGUCGCGCCUGGUGCUCUCACGGCCGUCGCCACUCGGCGUAUAAUUGAAUUAUCGAAACCAAAAAGGAAGCGGAGAUCGAAAGUGUCGAGCAAAAGAAAAUCAAAAUUGCAUAAUGAAAAGUCACGAAGUUACGUAAGGCGCGGUAAAAAGAAGUUGGACCAUAAAUACACUUCGUUGAAUCGUCAUAAGAACGAUCGAAAAACGAAGAGUAAGAAGAGACAAUUGAAAACUUCAAACUCUGACAGGACCAUCAUUAUGGUUGGCUUGAAGUUGAAGGACGAUAAGAAAACUCGUCUACAUUCUUGACUACUGAGAACGAAGCACGACGUUUUCUCACUGUCGUUUCUCACUGUCACAACACUAUGAAUACCUAAAGCGACGAUAUACAAUAUUGAGUGGCCUUACCGCAUAUUAUAUCCAACGCGGCUCGUUUAGCAUAAGGAACAAUGUCGAAUUCUGGUUUACCGACUUCUUGCCUUAUGCACGAGAUUAAUAUUUGGGCUUCUCUGAUUGCCGUCUUCAAAUAUACUUCCAGAAGACCGCUGUGGAAGGUUGGUGUUAGCAGUUUCCUGCGCGAAUGCCAUUUUUCGCCUGGAACAUGAUGGACGAUUUAUUACGUUUAAUUUUUCGACGAGAAAAUGAUUGAUGUUGUACUCCCGGACAAAAAGAUAGCAGAAUACGAUUGGACGAGAAACGACGAGAAGAGCGAAGCAGGAUCAAAUGGACGCGAAAUAGAAACUUAAGGAUCGUAUUAACGGUUCCUUGUAGUACUCACCACUGCUCGUUACCAAACCGGAACCAAGCCAAGGUUUUAAGUAUCCAUACUCCAAGCUUUUAUCGAUGUGAACGCUGCUGCUUAACAGAGGCUGUAUCGCCUCUAAUUUGUACAGGAAGAUAAACGGUCUCGUGCCUACCCAAACCAAGUACAUUUCUCCUAACUCUUUUCCCCAUUUUACCAUCUUUUGGAAGGCUUCUGUAACAGUUACAUUGCAUGAUAUAGAAACAUCGAAGUUGAGCCGGUUGCCAGGCAAGAGGCGUGGACACACGAAUUUCCUGACUUGACAUUUUCUUGAGACGGAUGAAGCGGAGAGAACGAGUAAUCGAUCAGUGCAUAUUUCCAAGGAAGAGAAAGUCAAACCUGACCCUAACCUAACCCUAUGUCACGGACAUAUCAGGUAGCAACAGGCCCUGAGGCGACUGCUCGUGACGUUACGAGUGCCCUGUCAACGGUUCGCGGGCAAUCGAAUAAUAAAACGUGCCAAGUUCAAGAAAAGGAAAAAAUAGAGAGAAGGAAAAAGAUAGGUCCAAGGCGAAAAGAUCGGCAUUGCAAUUCUAGUUGAAGAAAAGUAGCUGUACGCCGUCACUGACCGGACGUUGACCGGCAAAAAUGCAACGCGAGGUCAUCGAGUAGUAAUGAUUCGUAACAAAAAGAACAAGCACACUCUCGUAGACCUUGACGCGAACGAGACGCUUACGCUUUCCUUCGGAUCAUAGUGAAUUCGAUUUAUCGCCACCGUUUUUGAUUUCUCUGUUACGCUAAUGGUGUCAACGUUCAACAACGGCAACGUAUUUGCUAGUCUCUACGAAAUUUUAUCUAAAUUAUGUCACACUAGGAUAAUGUUCCUUCGUAAUUCGGUAUUGAUAUAAUACUGACUAUAAUUACGUGACGGAUACAUGUACACGUCGAUUACGCAACGAACUAUUUAUAUUUACACAUAAUGUACAGUUUACAUCCGAACGAGAGUAUUGCUCGUUAAACGAUUUCUCAAAAUCAUCGUUAUCGCUAAGGACUUUUUCCUUUUUCGCGCCACGUGUAAUUGCAUACAAGAAUCGUAACGUUAUUCAGGCCGCGAACGACCUCGACCCGCUUUUUUCUUCGUCUGGUUAUGCGCGACAGGCUAACCAUUUAUCUUUAGCGUUCAGCGGGCUGAGGUGGAUAAUUUCUUUUUUCUUCUUUCUUUCUCGUGACUUUCUGUUUGUUUCGCCAGUGCACGGACGAACGUCUCGUUCACGAGCGCCUUUCCCCAACCGAAUUAAAAAUCGUUUUCCAAACAUCGAACUUUAUCAUUCACGACAAUCACUUUCGAUACGCGUUGAAAAUGAAUUAUUAGGCCGAUGCAUACGAAAAACCGUUUCUUCGAAGUUCCAACUUCGCAUGCCGGUACCACCCGUUCGGUUUUCGGUAAUUAUUUCGAUAUCUCGCAUUUUCACAAUUUUCGGAUAUGUCACCGGCGGCGUAAUUCUGCACGACUUUUCCCUGUUCACGUAAUCGCCAAUAAUCGGCCAUAGUUUCUGAAAUAUCCGCGAACAAUUUUGCCUAUACUCGCGCGCCAAAUUACAAAAUCUUGGAUUUUUUCAACAUCGAAGAGAUACCAGAACAUUAUUGAUUUCUGGCGACUACGUGGGCAAUUUAAAAGACACCGAUGCAGCGUCCCUCUUAGACCAAUGUCACGAAUGUGCCAUUCGAUAGAUCGUAGAAAUUCAUAAUUGAGUGUAAAUUUAUCAGAUAAUUCUGGAGAUAGUGAAAUCAGUUUACGAGUAGGUAUGACCAUUACACGUUUAUUUGCUCGAAACACAAUGCUCGUUUAUUUAAACGAAAAAAAAAAAAAUUUACUCAUCCGUAACUUUGGAAUAAGAGGGUUGAUGAUAAUAAACUAUUUUUUAAUCCUAUGUAGAUAUAUCAGGUGUAUGUAACUUUUGUAAAAUUCCAUUCCGUAUCUUCGAUUUACUACUUAUUUUCUUUUUUGUGGGAGGAGGGCCAAAGGUGAAGCGCAAAGAUCGCUUUUAUAUAAUAUUUUUACAUUAUAUUUUAACACAUUUAGGCUAAACUUCUUUUUGGGGUAGCAAAUCGUUUUUUUGAACUUUCUUCGCACGAUUCGAUAGCGCUCGACGAGUAGAACGAGUGAAAAUGAAAUUCCUCUGUUCAGAAUCUAUCUUAUGCAUUGGAGAUAGAGCGUUAGUGACACAAGAUAGCGUUAGUCCCUAUUGACAUUACGAACAUUAUCGUCGUAAUAUUGGCCGGGCUAUUAAUUCUCCGGAAGACCGAACACGUUAUCCAAAAUGAUAUUUACCGAGUCGAUUGAUAUAUCGGUCGCGAUUUUUAAAUUGGUGUAUCAACGGACUCAAAACUGUUACGUUUAAGACUAUUUGCCAUAUAUCGAUUCAUAUAUCGAUGGGUUUCUAAGCUGAGAAUCGUCAUACAGAAUGUGUUAUAAACGUGGAACCUACUCGAGCAGCGAGUGCACAGAAUCCGCGUUGCUAUCUGACUUUGUUUCAAAUUAUUAUCGGUGGAAUUUUUGAAAAAUUGGAAAAUCCUUCAACACGCCGGCUGCAAGUUUGCAAUUCGUACGAAGAUAAACUGUUGCGGACCAUUGAAACAGAAAAAUGGCAAUAACUUUGAAAGAAGGUCGGACGGGACACGUGUCCAGGCGAAACUUUUUCAUCGCUUUCCUGCCUCGUGUCCACUCCUCGAGUAGGUUCCACAUGUUAUGACACACGCUAUAUUUCGUCCUUAUUCGCCAAAUUUAAGCGAAAUUGGAGCGAGAUUUAACCGCGAACUCUUGCAACGCGUAAUUCUUGAACCGAUGGAUUGAACUACUUUGAACCGUUAUAUUUCGUCGUCUAUAUUUAUCGGUUGCUAUCGUACCGUGCAAUGAAGGUUUAUAUAUUAAUAAUUAUAUAUAUAUAUAUAUAUAUAUAUAUAUAGUUAACAAUAGUAAGCAAUUUAUGUGUCUAUCUACGAAAUUCUUCACUCUGUUUCUAUAAAUAAUACGUAUUUACAAUGAGAUAAUUCCCGAUAUCGCAUUGAUAUAUUUAGAUGCUCUCUUUUAAUCUCUCUUAUGGAAAUAAGUGUAUUAUUCGAAGAUAAGGUCCGGUAAGUUCGCCGUUGAUCACGAUUCCUUUCUGUAUCGCGUUACACGAAACUACGUGAUCGAAUCUGCCGCAUAUUUACCAGAGGUAUCAAGUGCACCGCUGUACUGUACCGGUAGCGCACCAGCAUCGCGCAAUUUAGCUUUCACCGGUGCAAAUUACACGUUUACCUGUCGUUACACGACACCGAAACACCGACCGCGAGUGUCUCUGCUCUCGAUAUCGGUGCAUCUUUGCUUGCGUGGUCAAUGGCGUGAAUUUCUUUGAUGUCGAGGUUAUCACAAUCUUGUACAAACUUUGAAAUAACAGUAAGUAAAUAUGCGAGCACGCAGAAUUACGUACGUGGCCGAAUCUGACGAAUAUCUCCGAUAUCUCGUAUUUUUGGGGAAUAUUUGCCAAUGCGAUAUAUUCGCCAUAUAAUAUUUAUCAACGCGACCAUCUACUUGUUGCAAAAAUGCUUCAAUUAUGGAACUUUCUAAGCUUCGUAUUUUUUCGUCGAACAAAUACGCGACAAUUAACGAAAAUAUGUUACGCAGUGAUCAUGCACACGAGUGUACAUAUGCAACUGUAUGUACACAUAGCUACGCUGCAACAUUUAUGCUAACUGCUGAAUUACUUUGUACAAAUUUACGUUUUUGAGAGUAUUAUAGUAUUAUUGGAUGCACUAUACUUUGGAUAUUUGAUAUACUUCUUGUUACGUUCAUUUUUGCGUAUUUUUGCAACUUUCCUAUAAAUUCAUAGAUAUCUACGGUCUUGUAACAUCGAAACAGGUUAUUGAAAUUGUAUCGUACUCCCUAAAACGUUAGCUCACAUAUCGCUUAACUCAAUUGCCUCACAAUUUUUUCACAAACUAUCUGCGACAGAAUAAUUUAUUACUUUAGCGGGGUGAAUGAAAAAUGUCAGAAUAGAUUAUAUUUGACCACACACUUGUCACAUUUGAACCAUAAUCUACAAUUUACACCACGUGUAUUACUCGACUUUAUAUAGCAACGGAUUAAAAAACGACACAUAUCAAAUCGUCAGAGAGAAGAUCAUGUAAUUCAGCAGUUUUAUACUUUAUACUUUAUACUUCAAAAUUAAUUUCUUAAAUUUAUAAACACGUAAAACAAAAAAAAAAAAACAAACAAUAUUGUAAAAUUAAUCUUGUAUAGGAACUAGGUUAGACUAAGAGUUGAAUCAAAUACUAGAUGAUGUACA